ACUGCCCGGAGAUGACGAUGUUGGACUUCACUGUAAAACUGAACACCCUUGGCUUCGAGUGUGGAUUAAGUGAACAUGAAAAAGAAUUAUUAUUCCUUCGUGCACGUGCUACUGGAUUGACUGUAUGUGGAUGUGUACAUGCAGCCUUCUUAUGCAAACUUGCAUAUUCAUUGAGAGAAAGCAUUGGCCUACCUAGACAAUUUGCAGAUAUAGAUACGGUUUUACUGCCAUCAAAUGUAUCUAAAAAAGGAAAAGGUCUGACUGUUGGUGUGCUUGGAGGGGGACACAUUGGAAAACAGCUGGUCCAAGUGCUUCUUGAAAAGAAUGGCCUAAAACCAUCACAAAUCAACAUUUCCUCCAGGAGGCCUGAAACUCUAGAGGAAUUUGUGAAGAGGGGUAUCAUGUGUUACUUUGACAACCAGCGAUUGGUGGCCUGGGCAGAUGUGCUGUUCCUCUGUUGCCUUCCCUCUCACCUACCCAAGGUGUGUGCAGAGCUCCAAUCCCACCUGCCAAAGCACUGCCUGGUGUACAGCUUCCUCUCUGCCGUACCUUUAAACAGAUUGGCACAGCUUCUUGGUCACAGCUUCAUUCUCAAACCACAGUAUGAGUUUGUGGCUUGUGACUCUGUCAACAUGUGGCUUUCCCGAGGUCAUGUGACCAUGGCUUUGAAAGACCCAGAAGUAAUAGAUGCAUCCUGUCCUCUUGCCAUGAGAGGUGGGCUCUGUCUGGAUCCAAAGUGGCUGUUUGGGUUGUUGUACAGUCUCUUGAACAUGUGCACCGCGGCAAAUGUGGGAUCCACUGAAGCCCUUGGGCUGAUCAAUGAGCUGUUCCAGUUAAAAGGUCCAGGCACUGUGGCAUUCAUCCUGAAUAAUUUUGUCAAUUCCUCCUAUGCAUCUUCCCUGACGCCAGAUGAGUCUUUCCCCUGGAUUAAUUUAGUUGAUGUUCAGUCUAAGGAGACACCAUUAUCGUGCUUUAUAUCGAGAAACAACAUUAUGCAGGAUUGCGUCUCUGCUCUAUACAAUUCAGUAAUGGUGGCUCCACUGAAGGGAAAGAAAGAGACUGGAAAACCCAAUGAUGGAACUGUCUGUCAUAACACCAAAUCAUUGUAAAACAUCUGAUAUUGUGUGAUGUUGAUUUACUCUCAAACUGUAACAGAGUAAAAUA